AUGAUGAAGAAGGAUAUUAGCUUAAGCCUGGCGGACGACGCAGACCUCAAACCUCACCUCCGCGACGCCGAGAGCAUCCUCAGCUCCCCGGACCUGGGGCUGCUCAAGCUGGCCUCCCCGGAGCUGGAGCGGCUCAUCAUCCAGUCCAACGGAAUGGUCACCACCACGCCGACCAGCCCGCAGUUCCUCUACCCGAAGACGGUGACGGACGAGCAGGAGUUCGCCGAGGGCUUCGUGAAGGCGCUGGAGGACCUGCACAAGCAGAACCAGCUCAACGGGACCGGCCAGACGACCGGCAGCCUGGACCUGGGCGCCAACGUCGCCGCGGUCACCGUCCAACCGGAUUUACCGGUGUACACGAACCUGAACAGUUACGGCGGAGGGCCGCUCGGAACCACCGUCAACUACUCCACGGACACGGUCCCUUUCCCGCCUCCGCCGUCCCACAACCUCGGGGCAGCCCCGCCGGCUCAGGCGGAGCUCUCUCGGGUUCAGCCGCUGAAGGAGGAGCCCCAGACGGUCCCGGACGUCCAGAGCUUCGGCGAGAGCCCGCCGCUGUCCCCCGUCGACAUGGACUGCCAGGAGCGGAUCAAGGCCGAGAGGAAGAGACUCAGAAACCGCAUCGCAGCCUCCAAGUGCCGGAGGCGCAAACUGGAGCGGAUCUCCAGGCUGGAGGACAAGGUGAAGACGCUGAAGAGCCAGAACACCGACCUGGCCUCCACCGCCAGCCUGCUGAGGGAGCAGGUCGCCCAGCUGAAGCAGAAAGUCCUCACCCACGUCAGCAGCGGCUGCCAGCUGCUGCCACACGAAGUCCAGGUGCACUAG